AUGCACGCAAAGUCUCUCUUUGAUUCACUCAAUGCCGCUAGCUCAACCAUGACGGAUGAGGAACUAAUCGAAUAUGUCCUUGAUGGACUUGGACAUGAGUACAAGGGAUUCAGUCCUUCACUACAUCUCCGUCCCUCACUCUCUUUUGACGAAUUAUAUGAUCUUAUUGUUGAGGAGGAACAACUUUUCAACAAGAUGUCAUCAGUCUCGGUGUCAAUCGAUGUCUAUCGUGCUUCCACCGAUCCUCAAACCCACUUCAACAUCGAACGAGGGCCACCAACAACACCCAUUAGUACAAUGGAUAUCGAGGGCAAAGACGAGGUUAUGAAUGUGGACAUUGACGUGGUGGAUGACUCUCAAACAGAAAUAACAACUAGAGUUGUCCUUGGGUCUCCAAUCACAACGGUGACAGAUCAUGUUUGCCCUUUAUUGACAAUCGUUUGCCUCUUCUCGCGACCUCAACACAAACACACUACCAAUUUGAUGUUAUUUGCCAACAAUGUGACAAACCCGGUCACACAUUUGUUGUGCGGAAGCGUCAACCAACUGUGA